AUGGUCGAUUUCAAGCUUUCCGCGCAGCUCGUAGGCCACGAAGCCGACGUCCGCGCAGCGGCGUUUGCCUCUCCCAACACCGUCGUCACUGCCUCGCGCGACUGCAGCGUCCGGCUCUGGCGUCGCUCGCCCGGCGGCGACGCCUCGUUUGAGGGCUCCCUGCUGAGCCGCGGCUCCGAAUACGUCAACGCCAUCGCCUUUUACCCGCCCAACGCCGAGCACCCCGAUGGCCUGGUCGUUUCGGGCGGCAAGGAUACCAUCAUCGAAGUCAAGAGCCCCCGGAAGCAGUCGAGCGAGCACGCCGACCGUCUGCUCAUCGGUCACGCCCACAAUGUCUGCGCGCUCCACGUGGCGCCCAGCGGCACCUUCCUCGUGUCGGGCGGCUGGGACGGCCAGGCCCGCGUCUGGAACCUGGGCACGUGGGAGACGGAGCUGGCGCUGAGCGGGCACGACGGCAUGGCGGUGUGGGCCGUGGUGGUGCUCGACGACAAGACGGUGGUGACGGGGUGCGCCGACAAGAAUAUCCGCGUGUUUGACCUGACCAAGGGCAAGGGCGGCGAGGUGGACGCCUCGGCGACGAUAUACACGCCUGAUGUGGUGCGCGCUCUGUGCAGCGUGCCGUCUACACAUCCAAGCGGCGCCGAUAUUGCGAGUGCGAGCAAUGAUGGGACAAUCAGAUUGUGGAAGCUCAACGGUCAGCAGAUUGCCGAGCUCCACGGCCACGAGAGCUUCGUCUACUCGCUGGCUAGUCUGCCCACGGGAGAGCUGGUCAGCUCUGGGGAGGACCGCACCGUGCGCGUAUGGAAGGGCCUCGAGUGCACACAGACUAUCACACACCCUGCCAUUUCUGUCUGGACAGUGGCUGCCCACCCGGAGACUGGCGACAUUGUGUCUGGCGCGAGCGAUGGCGUCGCCCGCGUCUUUACACGGACGCCCGAGAGAGUUGCUGACCAGCAAACGCUCAAGGAAUUCCAAGAGUCUGUGAAGGCAUCUUCCAUUCCCCAGCAGCAGGUGGGUGGCAUCAACAAGGAGAAGCUUCCCGGUCCCGAAUUUCUACAGACCAAAUCCGGCACGAAGGACGGCCAGGUCCAGAUGAUCAAAGAAGAUAAUGGUAACGUGACGGCACACACAUGGUCAAUGGGCGAGCAGCAGUGGAUCAAUGUUGGCACGGUAGUGGACGCGGUCGGUAGUACAGGGAAGAAGGUCGAAUACAAGGGCAAGUCCUACGACUUUGUGUUUGACGUGGACAUUGAGGACGGUAAGCCACCGCUGAAGUUGCCAUAUAACCUUUCCGAGAACCCAUACGAAAGCGCCACAAAGUUCUUGAACGACAAUGAGCUGCCUCAGGCGUAUUUGGACAAUGUGGCUCAAUUUAUUACAACAAAUACAAAGGGUGCGACGUUGGGCCAACCGGAGCCUCAGAGCGGUGGCCCUGACCCCUAUGGCACAGAGUCGAGAUAUCGUCCAGGCGAGGAAGAGCAGAAGCCUGCACUGCUUCCGCAAAAGGAAUACCUCGGCAUCACUGCUGCGAAAUAUGAGGUCAUUUUCAACAAAAUUUCGAGCGUCAACAAGACGAUGAUCUCCAGCGGCCGCAAAGACACUGCUCUGAACCCCGGCGAGGAGUCGGCGCUCCAUGCUCUUCGCACCGCUCUCGAAUCAACCACCACCAUCCCCACCGAUGCUCUGCCUUCCCUGGUCAGGGUUGUUACAGAGUGGCCGUAUGGCGAUCGUCUAGCUGGUCUGGACCUGCUUCGCUGCGUUGCCCGCUACCAGGCGGCGGCCAAGUACAAGGACGGCACGCACGGUAGUCUGGUGGAUCUCGCCAUUGCCGCAUCACUGCCCAGCGAAGAGACUCCCAACGAAAACGCGGCCAUGAUGGGCGCACGCACGCUCGCCAACCUAUUCAGCACCGCCGACGGCCGCAGUGUGGCCAAAGCGCACGUGGACACUCUACUGUCGUUCCUGGAGCGCGUGACGGGUAUUCAGGGGAGCGCUGCCAUUGGGCCGCACAACCGCAAUCUCUUGAUCGCGGCGGCGACGCUGGCCAUCAAUCUCGCCGUUCUUGUCAAUACUGAGAAGCUACUGUCGGCCAGCGAGAGGCGGCGACUGCUGGAAGUGAUUGGGGCGCUUCUCAAGGGGAAAAGCGAUUCAGAAGUGCUCUACCGUGGGUUGGUGGCACUGGGCACGGUGGCGGCGACGUCCAAGGGCGAUGCGACUGCCGUGCCUGGCAUUCGUGCCUGGGUGAACGAGGCAGCGGGCAUGGCGACUGAGGAUCGGGUCAAGACGGUAGCGGCUGAAUGCCAGAAGCUUAUGGCGUGA